CCAAACCAACACACACACACAUACACACACACACACACACACACACACACACACACACACACAGACACACACAAAGCAGUCAGUGAGCGUGUGCGUGUGCGUGUGCGCGGGUGUGUGUGCGUCCAUACAAUCACUGAAUACACCUGCCUGUGUGUUCGUGUGUCUGUAUCUGGGUUGCGUCAGUGCCUUGGUACAGUGCCUUCUUCUCUGGGCAGUGCCUCUGUCAGUCAGGCACUCUCGCCUCUCUGCUAUCUGCCAGUGCCGGACGUGAGGGAGAUACAGUGCCGAGGUUUCAGGGUGCCAGAGUGCCUAGUACGCCGUCAACAGUGGCAAGCAUCGGAGCAGCAGUGCCUUGAGUGCCAGUCCCAGUGGUAGCAGUGCCUCGGUGCCACUAUAAGGCUGGGUCGCUGUGUCAAGUGCCAAUAGUAAUAGUGACAGUGCCAAAUUCAAAGGCUGCUAGCAAAUGACAGUGCCAAACUAUGAUUUCAAGUGCCAUACAGUGCCAAUCUGAGGUUGAGUUAUGACUGCAACUGCCAAUAAAUAGUAAGACUGACUGCCACGGUGCCAAGACUAAAGGCUAACAGCAAGACUGACAGUGCCAAAGUGCCGAAAUAGUUAGUUUACGGUACCUAGUGCCAGGAGUGAUAGUGAUGCAGUGCCUAAUCAGAGGCUAACAGCAAGACUGAUAGUGCCAAGCAGUGCCACACACACACCAGACACUCUAUAACCUCUGCGGUGGAAGUAUUGACAGUGCCACGGUGCCAAAUCAAAGGCUGAAUUACUAUUUCAAGUGCCAACAGUCAGUGCCUCGACCCUCAAUGCCAGAGUGCCAAAAAGACCAACUAAAAAAACAACAUAACCUGACUAUAGGACCAAAAUGCCACGGUGCCUACAUAUUUAAGUGCCACAAGUGUUACUAAGAGUGCCACUAAUAACAAAUACAGCCAUUAGCCAUAACAGUGCCAACCCAAAGCCACUGUGACCUACACGAGGCACUACAGACAAAACAGGUCAACCCAGGUCAAGGUCAAAGCAGGAACACACGAACACAGGCAAUCCCACGACCUGGCCCAGGACAACCCCACCCCAAGGUCAAGUUUAAGCCAAACCAGGUCAACUUAGAGGCCCAGGACAACCCAAAUUCAAGGUCACGUUUAACCCAAGCCAGGUCAAUUUAGAAACCCAGGACAACCCAACUUCAAGGUCACGUUUAAGAAAGGUCAACUGAAAACCCCAAGACAAACCAAGCCAUCUCAACUUGGAAGCCUAAAACAACCCAAUCUCAAGGUCACUUUUAACCCAAGCCAGGUCAAGUGAGGUCACCAUGCAACCAAAGAAGAAAAAGAGCAAUUCUGUAGAACAUGAACCAGAAUGCGUUAGUUAUACUCCCAACGCAGAGGUGGCCCGUGACUUCCUGCCGCCUCCCCGCCCGCGCCCCCGCCGACGGCAAGGGGAAGGAGGAGAGGAAGGGGGAGGCGGAGAGGAAGGGGGACGAGGAAGGGUUGAAAAAAGGCGUGGAAAUUGAGUUAAAUCCAGCGUAUUAUAUAAAUGAGAAUGCGAGGAGCGAAGAUGAGCGGGAGGAAGAAGAGGAAGAGUUUGAAGAGCCUCCGCUAAACCGGUUCUCACGAAGAAAAUCAGUGUUUGCAGAGGCGUAUGAUCCUGAAGAAGAUGAUGACGAAGGAGAGAGGAUCAUCCACGCCAAAUCAGACGAGCAGAGGCAAAGGUUGUCUGAGUCAGUCAAGACCAUCUUCCUCUUCCGCUCGUUAGACCAGGACCAGAUGUCAGAGGUGCUGGACGCAAUGUUUGAGCGGGUGGUCACUGAUGGGGAAUACGUCAUCAAGCAGGGUGAUGACGGAGACAACUUCUACGUCAUUGAGUCGGGCGUGUACAACAUCUUCGUGAAGGGAGACCACGACCCUGAGCCAAUCCCGGUCGGAAAAUACGACAAUGCAGGGAGUUUUGGAGAGCUCGCCUUGAUGUAUAACCUUCCUAGGGCCGCUACCAUCCAGGCCGUGUCCUCAGGGUCUCUCUGGGCCAUGGACAGAAACACCUUCAGGAGGAUAUUGCUGAAGUCCGCCUGCAGGAAGAGGAAGAUGUAUGAGUGUCUGCUGGAGAGUGUGCCCAUGCUGAAGACGCUGGAGAAAUAUGAGCGCAUGAAUCUUGCUGACGCCCUGGUGACCAAAGUGUACGACGAUGGAGACCGAAUCAUCAUGCAAGGUGACGUGGGUGAUGGGAUGUUCUUUGUGGAGGACGGAACCGUACGCGUGACUAUGACGAAGGAUGAUAACCAGGAGAAGGAGAUAAGUCGAGUCACAGUGGGCGGUUACUUUGGAGAAUUAGCCCUGGUCACAAAGAAGGCUCGAGCGGCCUCUGUGUUUGCCGUGGGGAAGACAAAAGUAGCAUUCCUGGAUGUGGAGGCGUUUGAGCGUCUGCUGGGGCCGUGCAUGGACUUGAUGAAGAGGAAUAUAGAAGAUUAUGAAAAUGAACUUCUUAGAAUUUUUGGCUCCAAGGCAAAUAUCUCCGACAUCCGAUGAGGAGGAGAGGUCACAACCUUGCCUGUGUCUGUGUCUGGUACUACUGACCAGCGGCGCGCGGCAGCAGCGGCAGCGGUGGUGACCCGAGACCCGAGACCAGAGGGGGAGGGGAGGGGAGGGGGGGACUGUGGGGUUGACGUCGUAUUGGCCUAAGAAAUCUGGCAGGCUGGAAAUUUUUUUUUUAAUGUUUUGCUUUCUUUUUCUUUUUCUUUCUUUCUUUCUUUUUUUUUUUUUGAUAAGUCUUGCUUCUCUUGUGUCAGGUCGGGUUGUGUGGUGACCUGACCUGCCCUGGGGAAGUGAGGCCUGAGUCUGGGUGACCUCUUCUGUACAGUGUUUGCUUCAGGGUCACUCAUUCCCUCAGUCACUCAGUCAGUCAGUCAGUCAGUCAGUCAGUCAGUCAGUUAGUCAGUCUCCUGUUCGUUAACCAAUGCAGUGUUUGAUUUCACAUUGGUGCAGUGUUUACAGGGUGUCUCAUAAGGAAGGGCACCUACAGAAAGUAAAGAGCAAGUCAUGAUACCUAUCUAUAUACAGGGUGGCCCAAAAGAAGACACACUCACAAAAAUGAAAGGUUAAUUCUGUCUAUAUUCAUACCAAGCCGGUAAUCCCAUACGGGCCGGCCCAGACAAGGCACCACACACACACACACACACACACACACACACACACACACACACACACACACAUCAGCCCCGUAGUGGAAAGGUACAGUCAUACACCACAGUUGGCCACACACCCCCACAGCAAGGCCCCACAGCACACACUGGUUCACUCCUGCACCUUCAUUAUCAAGACCAGCCCCUACCCAGCCUUCACAACGCAGCAAGGCCACACGUCAGCCAUAUUUAAAUACCCUUUGACUUCGACAGUGCCAUCAAAACAUUUCACCACGAACACCUCCAGCUCGUAAUAAUAUAAUCUUUCAUUCCAGUGAGACUUAAUUUUUUGAGCCACCCUGUAUGUUUAAAUAAUCUGCGAAUUUCAAAUCUUGCUCGUUUACUUCUGCGAGACCUUCCUUUUGAAACACCCUGUAUAUUUCCCCAGAGUUUAAUUUCUCAAGCUGCUGGAAAUACGAGGCCGGUAAUGUGUGUAUGUAUGUAUGUCCGGCUGGCUUAGGGAGUCUAGGGUUGCAGAAUUAGGGCCAGAAAAUAUUCCCUGUUUCCAGUAUUUUUUUUUUUCCCCCCUGGCUGGUUUAGGGUAAAAAAAAUUAGGGUUGUAUUGAAUUUGCCUGUCUAAAAAUGUGUUAUUUCUCCCCCUGGCUGGUUUAGGGUCACGAAUUCAGGGUCAGAUUCUAGAACAUUUACCCUGAUUCAAAUGUGCAUAUUUUUCCCUUGGCUAGUUUAAGGGACAGACGGCCAGAGCGUUUCCCUGACUCCAUUGUAUAUGUAUGUAUGUAUUUUUUUUUUUUCCCAGCUGGUUCAGGGGUCAAGGGUCAAGGGUCUGCCAGAAAAAAAAAAAAAAAAACAUCUUCCCGUCUCUCCAUACUGUGGGUUACUAUUAUUAUUAUAUAUUUUUUUUUUUCAAUGUCCAAUGAUUGUUGUCGAUUUAUUGUAGCAGCAGCAGCAGCAGCAGCAGCAGCAGCGCAUAGUUGCUGGUUCCUUUAGCCUUUUUUGGUAUCCUUCCUUUGAUUCACUAUGGUUCUUAUUAUUACUAUUAUUAUUAUUAUUAUUAUUAUUAUUAUUAUUAUUAUUAUUAUUAUCAUUAUUAUUAUUAUUAUUAUUAUUAUUAUUGUUAUUAGUAUUAUUGUUGUUGUUGUUAUUAUUAUUAUUAUUAUUAUUAUUAUUAUUAUUAUUAUUAUUAUUAUUGUUAUUACUGCCGUACUGUAUUGUGUUUGUAUAAGUUGUUGUCAUUGAUUCAAUAUUGUGGUGGAAAAAAAAGAGAACUAAUAAUAAUAAUAAUAAUAAUAAUAAUAAUAAUAAUAAUAAUAAUAAUGAUGAUGAUGAUGAUAGUAAUGAUAAUACAUAAUAAUGAUAAAUAAUACUUCUAAUAAUAAUAAUAAUAAUAAUAAUAAUGAUAACUAUACUAUCAUAACAAUAUUAAUAAUAAUAAUAAUAAUAAUAAUAAUAAUAAUAAUAAUAAUAAUAAUAAUAAUAAUAAUAAUAAAACUUGUAAAAAAAUAAUAAUAACAAUAAUAAUAAUAACAUCGGUAAUUGAAAUAUACCAAAUUACAUCAAAUAAUAAUAAUAUAAUUAAGAAAAAACAUUGUCUCUUUAAGGUCAAGAAAGUUAUGACCUCAAUGACCUAACUUGACCUCACAGGCUUGCCAACAGGUCACUAGCUCUGCAGGGCCAGCUUUGACCCGAGAGAGAGAGAGAGAGAGAGAGAGAGAGAGAGAGAGAGAGAGAGAGAGAGAGAGAGAGAGAGAGAGAGAGAGAGAGAGAGAAGAAAACAAGAUAGAGUGAAAGAGCAAUCAAUAGAGAGAGAGAGAGAGAGAGAGAGAGAGAGAGAGAGAGAGAGAGAGAGAGAGAGAGAGAGAGAUACCAUACAAAAGAACAAAAAAUAAACAAAUUGAAAGAGUAUAUGAGCAAACGAGAGAGAGAGAGAGAGAGAGAGAGAGAGAGAGAGAGAGAGAGAGAGAGAGAGAGAGAGAGAGAGCAACGCAGAGUAAAUUUGUAUCAUUAUUCACUUUAUCACAGCACCACACCUAUGCAGACACUAAUUAGCUCGCAAACAACCCCUAGCCCCCCCCCAUCCCCAUAGCUACCCCCAUUGUGCGAGCUUACACCCCCCCACUCCCCCAUCCCCAUUUCCUCGAACCACAGGGGUGACUAACACACAUACACACACACCUAUAUACAUACGUACAUUUUUAUUUAUUUUUUUCCCACCACUGCAAGGUUCGUUUUCCGUGGAGUUUGGUUUAAAUUUGUAAGGUCAGCUUUUUUAUUAUUUUUUUUUAUUUGUAUAUUUAAAUUUGUUUUCUUUUUUAUUCUUUUCUCUUUUUUUUCUUGUUCAACUUAAAUCUGCAAUCUUUAUUUCUCUGUGAUUUGCUAUUUUUUUUUCUUGUUUUUUUUUUCGCUUAAUGGCUUCAUAUUUUCUGACUUUUUGCUUAUUCGAUUCAAUUUCGCGGUCUUUCUUUUCUUUUUCCUUCUUUUUUUGGGUUACUGGAUCUAAAUUUGCUGUCUUUUUCGGCUUUCCAGACUCAAAAUUUUACAAUCCCAUUUCUGUGUGAGCUGUUGUUUACUUAUUUAUCUAUUUCCUCUUACUGGAUUCAAAUUUACAACCUCCAUUUCACCCAGAGCUGUUUAUUUUUCUUUAAUUUUGCUUAUCGUAUUCAAAUUUCCUGGCCUUUUUCGCUUUCCAGACUCAAAAUUUUACAAUCCCAUUUUUGUGUGAGCUUUUAUUUAUUAAUUUUGUCUCUUUUCUCAAACUGGAUUCAAAUUUGGCAGUGAAUGUUUGUACCUCAGCCAACACAGCCCUUCAAUCUUGCCUUAACUUGCCCUGACAUUCGUAAUUGAGGGAAAAUUUAUAUCAUAGUGUAUCCUUUCCCUAUCUUUCCCUUAUCCUCUCCUCUUUUCUUUUUUUUCUUUCAUCCCUUCAUUUUCUCGUUUUAUCAUCUUCUUUCCCCCUUUUUUUAAAUAUCUAUCUUCACUUCUUUUCUUUUCUUGUUUUUUUCUUCCUCUUCUGGUUUAUCUUCUCUUUCUUAUUUAGUAACCUGCCUCUUCUUUUUUGCUCUUGAAUUUAUGUUUUAUCCUACUUCUUUAUCCGGUCUCUUCUUCCCUCCUUCUUUUAUUUUGAAUUUAUGGUUUAUCUCUCCUCUUCCUCUUUCACCUCCUCCUCCUCUUCCCUGUUAAUUGUUGAGAAAUGUCUCUAUUUUUUUCUCUCCAAGAUCAGGAAUAAUAAUAAUAAUAAUAAUAAUAAUAAUAAUAAUAAUAAUAAUAAUAAUAAUAAUAAUAAUAAUAAUACCUAGUUGCUUUUGCCAAUGUUUGCUUCACAAUAAGAUGAGUACUCUGCUAAAAAAAAAAAAGGGAAUUUAAAUAUAAGUAAUAGUUUAAUCUUAUUUAGUUUAGUCAGCUAUAUUAUUUUUCCAUUUUCUUUCUUUUUUUUUCUCUUCCUCUCUUCCUUCCCGUGUCUUCAAUUUUACUUUAACCGAUGCAAAUUUUUACUAUCAUAAAAAAAAACGAAAAAAAAAAAAAUAAUAAUAAUAAUUGUAGUUAUAUUUCCCCAACCCCAGAAAAAGCUUUAACAUAAUGACUUACGUACGUACAUACAUUUAUCGUUGUAUCAUAAAAAAAAAAAAUUCUUAUCAAAGUAUUCAGUGUUUAUAGAGGAACGAUUCAAAUUAUGUACUGAGAAAACUGCAAAUACACUGUGAAUGUCUGUAUGUGAAUGUGUGUGUGCGUGUAUGACUGUGUGCGUGUGUCCCCCAUGUGGCCCAUGAUCCCUAUUUUGCUUCCCUGGUACAGUAAAUAACCCCAUGAGACCACAUCUAUAUUUUCUGGGCAUAUCUUUCUGCCAUCCUUUGUACCAUAGAUUGCCGGUAUUUUUGUCUGGUGUAUAAAGAAAACCAAAGUUCAUUUAUUCAUGUGAGUAACCAAUAGUAUAGGUCAGUCAUGUCACCCGCGGCUGAUACUCCCUCAGCUGACUCACCACCCACCUAUUCCACCAGCCUUCUCACCCACCUAUGCCUCCCACCUGUCUCGAUUCUUUCAACCUCUCCUACCUGUCUCACUUUACCUGUCUACCUAAAGUACCAACCCUUCCUCCUGUCGCGGUUCUUUCAUUACCGACAGAGCUAUCAUUGUUAUUUUUCAAUCGACGUAACCUAACGACCUGAAAAUGUGAAUAAAAUGAUAGGUACUAUAUAUAUAUAUUCUAACUCUUCUAUCAUUCCUUUUGUUGUCAACGGUGCCAAAUGUUUAAAGAAUGUACCGGGGGUGGUUUAAACACAGUGGGAGAGACUGGGGUGGACUGGGAAGGGCUGGGAGAGGCUAGGAUGGACUGGGAGAAGCUGGGAUGGACUGGGAGAAGCUGGGAUGGACUGGGAAAAGCUGGAAUGGACUGGGAGAAGCUGGGAUGGACUGGAAAGGCUGGGAUAAACUGGGAGAAGCUGAAAUGGACUGGGGAAAGGCUGGGAUGGGCUGGGAGACCUUGGAUAUACUGAGACAGAGAAAAAAAAAAAAAGAAAAAAAAAAAGAAAAUGCAAUAUACUUUUGUCGGAUGAAAAAUUCAAUAUUAAGAGAAUAAAGGGAGAAACUUGGCAAGAGAGAUAAAGAAAUGAGGAAAUAGAGUUUUUAAAUAGAGCGAUAGAUUAGAGGAAUACACUGUGAAAAGAGGUGUGUGUGUGUGUGUGCGUGUGUGUGUGUGUGUGUGUGUGUAGAUGGUAUGUGUAUAUUUAGAUUUUAAAAGCAAAAUAUGAUUGGCUUUUUGAAAGAGUUUUUUUCUUUUUUUUUGUCGCUUAUGUAAACAACAAGGAGAAAGAAAGGGUUGAUAUAUACAUAUACAUUAUUUCUUCUUCAUCUUCUACUGAAAAAAAAAAAGAUGCUCUUUUUCAAGACAAACGUACAUACAUCAAUGCAUUAGUUCAUCAUUAUCUUCUAUUGCAUUAUUCUCUACUUUUAUCCAGUUUCUGUUCACCUUGUUUAUUUUCUAUUCAUUAUUCUUUGCUUCUCUCUCUCUCUCUCCAUCUAGUUCAUCUUCUUUAUCUUCCUUUGCAUUAUCUUCCAUUUGUAUUUGUUUUCUUUAUCUAGUUCAUCUUUUGCCUCUCUCUCUCUCUCUCUCUCCAUCUAGUUCAUCUUUAUUAUCUACAGCAUUAUCCUCCACUCUCAUCUAAUUUUUCUCCCUCUAGUUCAUCCUUAGCCUCUCCUUGUCUCCUGGUGGUGGUGGUGGUGGUAGUGGUGGUGAUGGUGGUGGUGGUCAGUGAGAGAGUGACUGUUAAUUCUGAAUAGUUUGUGCUCCUUAUUUUACAAGGGUGCUAAACUUAUCUUGGUCAAGAACUGUAUAUCAAAACACCUGGUCCCUCAACACUGUGGCACUGCUUAUACCCUUUAGGGCAACACUGGCGCUGUCCACCCCUUAGGGCAACACUGUGGCACUGUCCGGCCCUGGGAGUGUGUGCCUCAGCCGUGCCAUGCCCCUCGGGUGGCUGGCGGGCGCUUCCUGCUACCAACCCCCUGUGGCUUUUGUAUUCCCAGUAGAGUGCCAAGGACUGUAUUCUGAAACACAUCUGACAGCAUCUCCACUACUUUCAAAGGUUCUAGUUGAAGUGCCGAGGGUUUUUAUGGGUGCUUUGAAGUUUCUGGUGAAAGAUUUAUGAGAUUUCUACAUUACGAAGAGGAGAAACACUCUAGAACCCGGCCAGCCAUCUCUGUAGCCUUUGAAAACAGCCGUGGUGAAGUGAAGCAAGUUUUUAAGCGUGUUUUUACAGUUCUGGUGAGAGACUGACAACAUUUCCACAUUGCUGACAGGAGAAACACUCUUGAGAACAUGGCUAAUCAUCUCUGUGGCCUUGGAAAAACAAUUGUGGCGACCAAGAGAAAGAAAGAAGAGCGUUUCCGAAUACAAGCCUAAACAUUACAAAUACAGCCCAUCCCCCCCCCCUACCUCUCUCAAUCUCGGCCAGUCUGGUACUGGCGCCCAAAGCAACACCUGAACUAGCCAAGUAAAUGCACUACACCCCUGCCCUGCCCUGCCUCCCUGCUUCUGCCUGCCAGCCACCCAGCCAAGCACUCCUGCCCUGCUCUGCUACUUCCUUCUGGUCAUGCCGUGAAGUCACCUGCCCCCGCGUGAGUGAGUGAGCGAGAGAGAGUGGUCAAGUAUACACACACUGCUCUGCCUGUUUCUUGGGAGUGUUACGCACAUACAGACAGACUUGAUACAGAUAUACGCGCAGUAACGGAAAUACAGUUGUCAAAAUAUAUCAAUGAUGAAAUGUUUUAUCAGAGGAAGUGAAUAUGAAAGUGAGGAAGUGAUAUGAAAGGGUUACGUACAAACAGACAAACAGACACGAUACAGACAUACACACGCACACAAACAUUCCUAAAGAGAGAUGAAAAAAGGCACAAGUACAGGAGAUAAAAUGUUGUAGAGUUUUCUUAAUAAGAUAGAGCAGUGAAAUGUAUUACCAGAGAAAAUUAUAUGAAGCCAGACACAAACGUACAGGCAGUGUUAAGAAGACAUGACCUUCCUAACAAGAAAUGAAAAUGUGCAGAAAUAGUUGUCAAAAUACAGCAAAAAAGGAAAAGAUGAGGAAAAUGAUGAUAAAUUUAAAAACAUGAUCAUUUGGCAUUUAAAAAGAGGACAUUACAAACUUAUAAAGAACACAAAGAUAAAAACAAGAAGAGAAAAACAAACAGAAUAGAAAAAAAGAAAACAACAAUUCACAACUAAAAAAUCAAAACAACAAACUUUACAACCACAAACAAAACAAACACAAACAAAAUUAGUAUACUUACAUUCAUAACCUCCAUUUUCUUUUCCUCUUGAUCUCUCCUUCCAGUCAUUCAUUCCAGUCACUGUUAAUCCAUUCCAUUCAAACCUAUGGAGAGAAAAAAAAAAAAAGCAAACAAUUAUUCACUACUGGAAUCAGGCAGCAGUGUGUGUGUGUGUGUGUGUGUAUGUGUGUGUGUGUGUGUGUGUGUACGUAUUACUGUCUAGAGAGAUUAUAAGGUAGAGUCUCUGUUCGGAAAUGUCAAAAAUAAGGUCAUGAGAUAAUUUUGACAGUAGGUGGUUAGUGAGAGAUGAAGUCAGUGAGAAUCAGGGAGAGUCAGGGAGAGUCAGGGAGAGCCACAAUAAAUAAGAAAGUGCCAGCAGUUAAGUUAUAGUAAAUGAUUACAUGUGGCAUCUCUCUUUACGUCAUAUCAAAACCGACUUCACUCAGUGAGAGAGGAAGAGAGAGUGAGAGGGUGAGUGUACAUGUAUGUGUGUGUGUGUGUGUGUGUGUGUGUGUGUGUGUGAGAAGUACCUUGAACACGGACCACACUUCAUCUUUCCUGCUGCCUUCCCUCCUCCUCCUCCUCCUCCUCAACCCUUGCUGCAGUGUCUCCUUCCUGCGGCCAAGUCUGCAAAACAACUAUUGUGAUAUUAUGAUUAGCCUGGCUACUUGUAUGGGUUGAUUCUUGGGUCACCGAUGCUUAUGCUGUGCUUUCACUCCACCGGGCAGUGCGUAUGCAAGUUAUUCGAUUAGUAAUGCUUCUAAAGUGAUUGUUCUAUCGGCGUUUUGUUCCCGAGAGAUUCUGUGUGAGGUUUUCAAAUCGCGUUUUUUUCGGUGUCUGUCUGGACGCAUGGCAUAAGAAACGGUCCCUUUCCAGGCCUCCCUUUCGUUUUUCUUUGUAUCCUGUUGUUAGCGGAGACAAGAAUGAAAAAUAGACAAAAGCAAAAUAAAAAAAUAAUUACAGAUGUAGCAAAUUUUUGUAAAACGUUAGAUAGUGUAUACCCAAAUAUGACUGACCACUGUGACAUAUAAACAAAUAAAGAUACAGUAUCUGA